AUGGCCUGGGUGUGCGAGAGAGACGCCAGAUUAAUAUUCAGUUGGUCAGCUCACGAGGUGUGUCGAUACGAGGACGCCUACCUUAAAUAUAGCGUGAGACGAAUGGGACAGCUGACGCAUGGUUGUCUUGACGCCGUUGGCUCGCCGAGCCUGCUGCGUGACUGUCCCAUUCUGAGCGUGGACAGAGUUACAUAUCCUCGAUUGUUCGACGCGUCGCCGCCGGUGGACGCGUGGGCCCGCCGGCCGAGCGGCGCCGACGCAGGCGCCAUCCGACACGUUAUAAUUCGGGCGGGGGGCUAUUUCGGGCGAUUCACACGCGUUCCUCGCGCGUACAUACAAACCCCCCCUCCACCAUACAGUCGGAUCGUGAUGGAUGACGUGAAGCCUAAAGAACACGGCGAGAACACCGAGGACGCCAGGAGGACUGACCAUGAGCGGCUUCCCACGGGAUCGCUCGCCACUGACGGUGAAGGGCCAGAUUUAGAGGCCUGGAGGCCUCAGGGCAACAAAGUAGUGGAGGCCCCUUGGCCCCAAAUUAUUUUCUAU